AUUGGUUACUGGAAUGAAGAUGAUAAGUUUGUCCCUGCAGCCACCGAUGCUCAAGCUGGGGGGGACAAUUCAAGUGUCCAGAAUAGGACAUACAUCGUCACUACAAUUCUAGAAGAUCCUUAUGUGAUGCUCAAGAAGAAUGCCAACCAGUUUGAGGGCAAUGACCGCUACGAGGGCUACUGUGUAGAGUUGGCAGCAGAGAUUGCCAAGCAUGUGGGCUACUCCUACCGUCUUGAGAUUGUCAGCGAUGGAAAAUAUGGAGCCCGUGACCCUGACACCAAGGCUUGGAAUGGCAUGGUGGGAGAGCUGGUCUAUGGAAGAGCCGAUGUGGCCGUAGCUCCUUUAACUAUCACCUUGGUCCGGGAAGAGGUGAUAGAUUUCUCCAAGCCAUUUAUGAGUUUGGGGAUCUCCAUCAUGAUAAAAAAGCCACAGAAGUCCAAACCUGGGGUCUUCUCCUUCCUCGAUCCUUUGGCUUAUGAGAUUUGGAUGUGCAUUGUCUUUGCCUACAUUGGAGUGAGUGUCGUCCUUUUCCUGGUCAGCCGCUUCAGCCCCUAUGAAUGGCACAGUGAAGAGUUUGAGGAAGGGCGGGACCAGACAACCAGUGACCAGUCCAAUGAGUUUGGGAUAUUCAACAGUCUGUGGUUCUCCCUGGGAGCAUUCAUGCAACAAGGAUGUGACAUUUCUCCCAGGUCCCUGUCUGGCCGCAUCGUUGGUGGUGUCUGGUGGUUCUUCACCUUGAUCAUCAUCUCCUCCUACACAGCCAACCUGGCUGCCUUCCUGACCGUGGAGAGGAUGGUGUCUCCCAUCGAGAGUGCUGAGGACCUAGCGAAGCAGACGGAAAUCGCUUACGGGACCCUGGAAGCAGGGUCCACUAAGGAGUUCUUCAGGAGGUCUAAAAUUGCCGUGUUUGAGAAGAUGUGGACAUACAUGAAGUCAGCGGAGCCAUCAGUUUUUGUGAGGACCACAGAGGAGGGAAUGAUCCGAGUGAGGAAAUCCAAAGGCAAAUAUGCCUACCUUCUGGAAUCCACCAUGAAUGAGUACAUUGAGCAGCGGAAACCCUGUGACACCAUGAAGGUGGGAGGUAACUUGGAUUCCAAAGGCUAUGGCAUUGCGACACCCAAGGGGUCCGCCCUGAGAAAUCCAGUAAACCUGGCAGUGUUAAAACUGAACGAGCAGGGGCUUUUGGACAAAUUGAAAAACAAAUGGUGGUACGACAAGGGCGAGUGCGGCAGCGGGGGAGGUGACUCCAAGGACAAGACGAGCGCCCUGAGCCUCAGCAAUGUGGCAGGCGUGUUCUACAUCCUGAUCGGAGGACUUGGACUAGCCAUGCUGGUUGCCUUAAUCGAGUUCUGCUACAAAUCCCGUAGUGAAUCCAAGCGGAUGAAGGGUUUCUGUUUGAUCCCACAGCAAUCCAUCAAUGAAGCCAUACGGACAUCGACGCUCCCACGUAACAGUGGGGCAGGAACCAGCGGUGGCGGUAGUGGAGAAAAUGGCCGUGUAGUAAGCCACGACUUCCCCAAGUCCAUGCAGUCGAUUCCCUGCAUGAGCCACAGUUCAGGGAUGCCCUUGGGAGCCACGGGAUUGUAACUGGAGCAGAUGGAGACCCCUUGGGGAGCAUACUCAAGCUCCCCCAGUUCCAUCCCAAACCCUUCAGUGCCAAAAACAAUAAAAUGAAACGCAACCGCCACCAACCACCAUGACCACAAGGAAGAUGAUUCAACAGAAUUUCCUGAAGAAUUGAAAAAUCAUUUUGCCAUCCCUUUUCCUUUUUUGAUGUUCUUUCACACUUUUCCGUUUGCUAAGUGAGGAUGAUAAACAACAAUGCACCGCAAUAAGGGGAGAAUAACCCUGUCUAAUAGAGUCUGUGUCUCUGAAAUGGAGUCACAGGAACAUUAAUGAGGAAACUGUACUGUUUUCUUUUAUUCGGUUGUUAAUAUGUCUUAGUGUGUGCGAUAUUUUUUUUCUUACUAACAUCCAUGGUUUGCAGGUUCUGUUAGGCCCCUUCCUUCUCCUGGCUUCUUACUCCCAACUCCCUACCCAUGUCUCUUCAGUUUUCAGAUUGGAGAUUAAAGAUUCGUUCUACCAUACAAGCAAGCAAAAGGGAAAAAGCAACCUUCAAACUAGUUCACCAUUGGAGCUCUCUAAGUUACCCUCCAUUCCUCAGCCCCAAGCCAUGGAUGAGGAUGGAUGUUGUUGAAGAAGUGGACUGCCUUCCCCAGGAAGGGCACUUCCUAGGCACUGAUAUAGCUGAGGACAUGUGCAAAAAGCAAUUCAGACCAAGGGUGGUGGAGAGGGCAAAGGCAGGUGUGCAGUCAGAGGAGGACUCAAGAAGUUAUUGCUGGAGGCUCAUAGAAAGCUUCCUUUAAUGUGUAACAGCCAUCCCAUAGGCUUAGGUGGAAUGGUAUGUGUCUUCACAGAGUCAACCUCAGCCUGAGAAUUAUGUCUUUCUGCUAUGCUCAAGCCCAAAGGCACUCUGGUGGCUGAAUUGUCCUCCUGAACCAAGUACAGCCUUGGGAAUAGUUGACAGCCAGGGAGAUAUUGCCCAUGAUUCUCAUUUUUCAUUUGCUUGACAUCUGAGCAGGAACCCCACUGUGGAGUAGACUCUCUCUUCAGAGCCUCUGAUAUGGGGGAAAAUGCUAUGCAAACUAAGUGCAAAAUAAAGGAUGGAAGAAUUUUGGAAGAGGAAGCAUCAUGGAAGCCCACAAGCAAGAGAACCUUUCAUGGUGUGCCCUGCCCUAGGAUUAAGAGACCAAAUAUGAAGCUUAGGGUUUUGCUGACCUGGAGAACUUGGAUUUUUAUGUCCAUUUAAAAGUGUUGUUUUAGCAUGUGGCCAGGUAACAUUCUGUCACUUUAGAAAGUAAAAUGCCCAAGGAUGAAUAACUUUAAGGAAGAUAGGGAGAUGAAUUAAGUUGAUAAUGACAUUGGGGGACCUUAAGAUCACUGACCCCAACUUCCAAGAAGAAUGACCUUCCCCCUGGCUAAGACAGAAUGAGGAUGUAUUAUUCCAAUGUCCAGACUCAAUAUGCCCAUGAUUGUAACUAUAAAGCUGAACUAAAGCAAGACUGGAGAAGUGCCAGGGUUCAUGGAGAGAAGCCCAGGCUGACUGCAACUUUAGUUGGGAGCAGGGUUCCUGGCACAUAGCUUUCUUGGAGAUCCCAGCUCUCAUUCUUGGUGGCAGUUGGCUUCCAGCUGUCCAGCAGCCACUCUCCUAGGUGCAUGAUUCAGUGUGUGCCAUGUGUCUUUAGCUUUUAUUGGUGACCAUGUUCUAGCUUGUUUCCUUACCCCCUACUUCUAUCUAGUCUUCUCUGCUAGGGGUUAUCAUUAGCAACUGACAAACUAAAGGUUUGGGAGCCUACCAACAAGUAAGUGCAGAAUGACUGGCUUCAUCAGUGGAUUAUCUCUGGACACCCACCAUCUCUAUGUGUCUCCCAUUCUCCUAAUAUCAACCAUAGCAAAGAACCAUCCCCAAAUCAAACUCUUCACUCUUUCAACUCAAGUGCUGUCCAGUCUCUCACGCGUCAGUGUGGGCAUGGUACGUGAAGUAGGACCAUCAAGAUGGAUUUAUACUUUUCACCAGCUGAUGUCCUCCCCAUCCCCUGCCCUCCCACCAGAUAUUUUUUCAUCCCUUAGCCUACCACUGCAGAAUCUGAUAUGACCCACCAUUAGAGAGUGCAUUUCAGAGGAGUUGGAAAUAAUCCUAUUACCAUCAACAUGCUUCAAAGACCUUUUGCCUUUGGUAGGAUGCCUCUCCAGCCACUGAGCUCACCAGUAACAUGAUCUGAGAGGGAGAGAUCAUCUAAGCUAACAAUGAGGGUCUAUGUUGUAUGGGGGUCCAAGACUCCAGAGGAGGAAGCUUUUUGUCAAUGGAGGGGUGACGGGGAAAACAAUAGCAAGAAAAAAGUUAACUUGUAUUAUGUAUUUUUACUACACUUUUCUUAAAAAUAGAGCAAUGGGAAAACUCUGAAAGAGAUUGACAUUUUUCUCAACAGGAAUCCAUACUUAACAGUUCUGGCUUUCAUUAAAUUUUGCUCUUUGGUACCUGGGCCUUUUAUUUAACAUCUAUAUUUGUUUUAAUUCUCUUAGCAGAUGUGUGAGAGGAUUUCUGCUUGAUCAAACACUAAAUAUUUUGGUUCCUGUUCUUCUUUCAAGUAGCCAGGGGUUUUUUUUCUUUUGGUAUUUGCAUAAAAUGAAAAUAUCACCGAGAAUUAAAUCACUGUGGAUCCAUUA